AUGGCCAAAAUAGCUACGCCUAUCACUCGCUCUCUUAGCGAUGGCGGCGAAGAUUCAGACAAGGAUGUCAAGCUUGGCGUUAUCGAAGUCAACGUCCUGCAAGAGCGGACUAUUGGACUCUUCGGAGCUGUCUCCUUGAUUGUUAAUAAGAUCAUUGGUGCAGGCAUCUUCUCGACCCCCAGCACUAUCUUCAAGCUUUCGGGUAGUGUGGGCAUGGCAAUGAUGUGCUGGGUGAUCGGGGCAAUCAUCUCGACGUGCGGUAUCUUCGUUAUGCUCGAGUUUGGAAGCGCAAUACCCAGAUCUGGUGGUAUCAAGAACUACCUUGAGCGAUCCUUCAGUCCCCGGAUUAUGCAAACUUGCAUCUACGUCUUCUAUUGCGUCUUCUUGCAGGUUUCUGCAAGUAACGCCAUCACGUUCUCGUCGUACAUCCUUGUUGCAUCAGGUGCCGACUCGACGACGUGGGAACUCCGUGGAGUUGCGAUUGCUGGCGCCGUGUUCUCCGUCGGAAUCCACACGGUUGCGCCUCGAACAGGAAGAGCGAUCCAGGAUUUGCUAUCCGCGGUGAAGCUGUUUACGCUGCUCUUUAUUGUAUGCUGCGGCUUCGCAGCUUUGUCCGGCCAUCUCAGGGUGGAAAGCCCUCACAACUUCACCAAUGCUUUCGAAGGCACUUCUAACAGCGGGUACAACAUCGGAUCCGCUAUCCUCAACGUCAUUUUUUCCUUCCAAGGCUAUGAUAAUGUCAAUGCUGUCUUGUCUGAAGUCCGUAAUCCGCAGAAGACUCUGCGAAUCGCGCUUCCUCUCUCCAUGAGCGUCAUCGCAGUGCUCUACCUACUAGCAAAUUUUGCCGCUGUGCCUAAAGAGGCAUUUAUUGCGGCAAAGGUUACCGUAGCCGCGACCUUGUUCGAGAACAUCUUUGGCCCCUCGGCAGGAGCCAAAGCUCUUCCAGCACUGGUCGCUCUAUCGGCACUGGGACAUCUCCUGGGUGUUGCAUUUACCAUUCCUCGCCUGCUGCAGGAGCUGGCAAAGGACGGCGUGCUCCCCUUUUCCAACCUAUUCAUGGAGAACAGACCGUUCCGCACUCCUAUUUACGCCUUGAUUCUGCAUCUGGGAGUUACUGUUCUGUUCAUUUGUGCACCGCCGGCUGGAGAUGCCUUCAACUUCGUCGUGAGCUUGUCUAGCUACCCGACAACAGUCUUGUUGACAGCUAUCACCGUUGGCUUGGUUAAGUUGCGUUUCACCGACCGGGAGAACUUCCAAUCGCCGCUCCGGGCACCCUGGAUUCUGAUUGUGAUCUAUCUUGCGGCGAAUAUCUUCUUAAUCGUGAUGCCGUUUGUAAGACCGCCGAAUGGUAAAGGCAGUACUUCGCUGCCGUAUUGGCUUUCUCCUGUUGUUGCGUUGAGCAUCCUGUCUCUUGGCAUCAUUUAUUACGCAUUACGUUUUGUGAUCGCCCCGAGACUCUUCGGCUAUAGACACCAAGAAAUUCAGCAAGAGCUCAGUGAUGGAUCCAAAGUUACUAGAUUUCAGAGGAUUAAAAGAUGA